UCUAUUCGCUAUUCAAAAUGGCGACGGUGUUGCGCUCACAGUGCGCGUUUGCGCGAGUUUUUGUUGGAAAAACUGGACAGAUCCUGAACAACUCAAUUGAUUUGGGUAUAAAAUUCACUCGAGAAUCACAAUCGACAAUACGUUGCGCAAGAAAAUAUUCCACCUACUCAGACUCUCCCUUUGUUCACAAGAUCAAACAACAGUAUGACUUCGAAGUUGUCAAGAAACCUCCUGAAUGGACUUAUGUAGAACGAUUGCUGCCAUUCGAAGCUGUACCUCAAUUUAAACCCAAAGAUAAUUAUCCUUCAGGAUUUGUACCUCAAAAAGAAGAGUCUAUAAAUCUACCUUAUUUUAUUGCCAGAACUAAGAAUUACGAAAUUCCUAUAUAUUUACAGUUAACACAUCGUGGUCAGCGUAAAAUAUCUAAGAUAAAGAAAAUUGAAGGUGACAUCUGGCUUUUAAACGACGAGAUAAAGGCCCUUUUGAAAGAUAAAUAUCACAAAUAUAUUGAGACAAGAGUCCAUGAAUUAGCAAGAACUAUUGAAGUAAAGGGCGAUUAUGUCAUUGAUUUGAAGGACUGGGCAUAUUCCAAAGGUCUAUGAGUAAUGAUUGAAUAGUAGCCAUUUUAAUAAUGUAGCCAUUUUAAUAAUAAAAUAUUAGAAAUCUUA